AUGCCUCCUCUCAAAUCGCUGCCUGACUGUGAAGGCCCAAAGCUGGAGCCCUUUGAGCACGACUUUGAAGGAAAUGAUGUGGAGUUUCUCAAGAUCCUUGAACCCGAUUUUGCUGCACACAGUAGGAUUAUCAAGACACGAAUUGGAGACAAGAUCUAUUCUAUCAAGUUCUUCGUAUGGGAGGAACCCUUCGCCCAACCUCCUUACACUUCGACAUAUAGCGACAGCAGAACUCCCAAUGAAUGCUGCAAAGGGUUUUAUUAUCAUUUCACACCUUUCGAAAACGAAUGCCGAGCUUUCGGUAGGCUGAAAGAUGUCGGUCGGGAGGACCUUGCGGUCAAAGUUCAUGGAUAUGUCGCUCUCAACUGUACCGACGUCAUCGUUGAGAAGCUACAGGCUGCAAGGUCUAAGAUGAUCUGUCCAUAUGCAAAGCUGGAAUGGUUUCUCUCAAUAGAGGAUGGCGUCAGCUUGGGAAUAGUCAAAGACUGGGUAGACGAGGUGGAGUACGAAGACGAGGAUACCUAUGAGCUGUAUCAACAGGUUGUUCAGGUCUCCCAUUUCCCUCGUAUGCUUGAGGGACUCCAUGAGCUCCACAAGCACGGGAUAGUUGUCAAGGACCUAUCUGAUCGCCAGUAUGUGAAUGGCACGCUCGUCGACUUGAGCAUGUCGUCAACAGUCCCUCACCCAUUUGGCCCAGACCCAGACCCAAUGGGCUUGGGAAAAUGGUGGCAGCCACGCUGGACGUUCCAGAGCUUGGCCUCUUGGGAUUUAUAUUGCUUCCAAUACUAUGUCAUCGAUGCUUGGAAAGAGGCCCUGCCUCGGUUCCUCAAGGCUAGGCCUGGAACUAAAGGCCUGAGAAAGACUUGCUGGAUCCAAGCCUACCGUCUCCCCGAAGAAACAAAGGAACUCCGACCUCGCGGUAGGUUUAGUCAGGACGAGGAGCAGCGGCCGUAUCUACCCAUGCUGAAUCAUGUCUACAAAAAGCUGCUUAUGACACAAGCACCUCGACAUGACCCGCUCAACUUUGCCAAACAUACUCCGGUCGUCAAAAAUGCCAAGAAGCGGGUGACAGUUGGAGUAAAAGGCCGAGGUGUCAAGAAAAGCGUGGCAAAGAGGAAGCAGGUGAAAGGCAAGAUGGUCAACAAGCCAAAGGCUCCAAGCUCCAGAUAUAAUCUUCGUAGCCCUGCAGUCAAGAAAUGA